AUGCCGAUCGAAUUCACAGUUUACAAAGGUUCCAAAGAUGGAAUCAAACAAGAAGUGACGCGCAAGGAGGAUCUCAAGGGAAAUAAUGUGCUCAUUCGAGUCACCCAUUCGGGCGUUUGUGGCACCGACGCCCAUUGCCAAUCCAGAGACAUGGCCCUUGGCCACGAAGGAACUGGCAUUGUAGAAGACAUAGGGCCCGACGCGAAGCUUCUGAAAAAAGGUGAUCGAGUGGGCUGGGGAUUUCUGCACGAUUGCUGCGGCCACUGUCGCUCAUGCCUGACUGGCUGGGAGACACUUUGCCCAGAGCGCAAGCUGUUUGCAAGCUCCGAUUUCGAUCAAGGCUCAUUCGCCACUCACGCGGUAUGGAUGGAGCCAUUUCUCUUCAAGAUCCCAGAGAAGAUGAGUAGUGAAGAUGCAGGUCCCCUGAUGUGCGGUGGGUCGACUGUCUUCAAUGCUCUGCACGUCGCCGGGGUCCGCUCAACUGCGCGUGUCGGUAUCGUUGGCAUUGGGGGUUUGGGGCACCUGGCUAUCCAAUUCGCUGCCAAGAUGGGCUGCCAGGUGGUCGUUUUCUCGGGAACCGAUAGCAAGAAAGAAGAAGCGUUUCACCUGGGGGCCAGUGAAUUCCAUGCAACCAAGGGUGUCAAAGAGCUGAAGCUUGAAAAACCCCUUGACAAUUUAAUUGUAACGACUAGUCAACAACCAGACUGGGAGCUGUACCUGAAAGUGAUGGCUCCAAGUGGAGUUAUAUCUCCACUUUCGGUUGAUUCGGGUGACUUGAAAAUCCCAUAUAUGCCUGUUCUGUUGAAUGGGCUUCGAAUUCAAGGUGGAAUUGUGGCUGCAAGACAAGUGCACCGCGAUAUGCUGGAAUUCGCUGCAUUCCAUGAUAUCAAACCCGUUAAAAUGAUUUUCCCCCUCACCUUGGAGGGGGUGAAACAAAGUCUUGAGACACUUGAGGGAGGCAAAAUGCGAUACCGCGGCGUUCUUGUUGCUCAGUGA